AUGUCCUGGCAAUAUAAGCUCGCAUCCAGCGUGCGGGCCUUUCCGCUACGGGCACAGACUAGCCGGCCGCAUAAUGGCCUCCUAUAUCGCCCGGCCGCACGUGCCGCUGUGGGGGGUGUCUCUGCCAGUUCAGAGUCCAUCAUGACUCAGACAGCCUCAUAUAGCGCGCAGCGCAACCUGUCCACCCCGACCCCUAAGUGCCUGAACGUCGAUAACAUCAACCAGAACGUUAGGGAUGCUAAGUACGCCGUGCGCGGUGAAUUGGCCGUCAAGGCUGAGACCUACCGUCAGCGUCUGAUUGAUGGCGACAAGUCCCUGCCAUUUGACAGCGUCAUCUUCGCCAACAUCGGAAACCCUCAGCAGCUCGAUCAGGUGCCCAUCACCUUCUUCCGCCAGGUCCUCAGUCUCGUCGAGAACCCAUUGUUGUUGGAGAACGCCGAGGUCCUCAAGAAGUCAUUUGGAUAUAAGCAGGAUGUGAUCGACCGAGCCCAGGUUCUUUUGGCCAAUGUGCAGAGCGUUGGCGCCUACAGCCACAGCCAGGGUGCCGCGGGGAUCCGGGAUAGCGUCGCCAAGUUCAUUGAGAAACGUGAUGGUUUCCCUGCAAACCCCCAGGACCUGUUUUUGACUUCGGGCGCCUCGUCCGGUGUGAACACCAUCUUAAACGUCAUCUGCAACACUCCUAGUACCGGUAUCCUGGUCCCCAUCCCUCAAUACCCUCUUUACACCGCAACCUUGACGCUGUUGAAUGCCCGCUGCGUUCCUUACCUCCUCGACGAGGAGAAGGCAUGGGGUACUGACGUCAACACGAUCCUCAAGUCCAUUGAGGACGCCAAGGCCGCCAAGACCGAUGUGCGUGCCGUUGUCGUGAUCAACCCGGGCAACCCAACUGGUGCCUCUCUGAGCGCUGAGGACAUCAAGAAUGUCCUUGAUGUCGCUGCCGAGGAGAGCUUGGUGGUCAUCGCUGAUGAGGUGUACCAAACCAACGUUUUCAAGGGUGAGUUUAUCUCCUUCAAGAAGCGACUGCGCGAGCUCCAGCAGGAGCAGCCCGGCAAAUACGACAACAUCGAGCUGGUCUCGUUGCACAGUAUCUCCAAGGGUAUGGUGGGUGAGUGUGGCCACCGCGGUGGCUACUUCGAGCUUGCUGGCUUCGACCCCUUGGUCCAGGAGCAGAUCUACAAGCUGGUCAGCAUUGGCCUGUGCCCACCGGUCACCGCACAGUGCCUUCUCGAAUGCAUGGUCAACCCUCCCAUCGAGGGUGAUCCAAGCUUCGAGCUCUACCAGCAGGAGUACACCGAUAUCUCAGAAGGUCUGCGCAAGCGUGCCUUUUCCUUGUACAACGCCUUCCAGCGCAUGGAGGGCGUCCACCUCCAGGAGCCUCAGGGUGCCAUGUACCUCUUCCCAUCUAUUCACCUGCCCGCAAAGGCCAUCGAAGCCGCCAAAGCCGAGGGCCGUCCCGCUGAUGAGUUCUACUGCUUGGCCCUGCUUGACGCCACGGGUGUUUGCGUCGUCCCUGGCUCGGGCUUCGGCCAGAAGGAGAACACUUUCCACUUCCGCACGACCUUCCUUGCCCCUGGCACCGACUGGGUUGAGCGCAUCGUCAAGUUCCACGCCGAGUUCAUGGACAAGUACCGAUGA